CCAGUGAGAUGUUUUGGGAGCCGAAAUGCUGAAAAUUUUGAACAGUUUAGAGAAAGAUACAUCUGUAAUGUGUGAAUUAGGUUAAUCUAUGGUUUCUUUCAGACAUGGUAAUUGUGUGGUAUUUUUAAUUAACUGAUGAAGUGUUAAACAGAUAGUUUCAGUACAACUACUACUGCACAUCAUAUAUGACACGAGCAACAUGAGUAACUAAAGUGCGUUUCAUAUGAUGGAGGAUUUCUCAGACCUCGCGUUACCUCCACUGUUUGGGGGUCACAUCCUGGAGGCUGAGCUGGAGACAGGUGGCGUGGAGCUGGGCCCCAGUGGCAGUGAGCUGGAUAAUGACGGGACACCGUCCGGCCCCGGACAGGAUGGAGAGGAAGAGAGGAGAGAGCUGGACAAAAGGAAGUACCAGGCUCUUAGCAAGAAGUGCAAGGAGAUUGAACAGGUGAAUGUGAAGAUUUUGGGUCGCCUUCAUCAAGUCCAGAGACUGACACGGCGACUGAGGAAAGAAAGGAGGUUUCUUAUGAAGACUCUGGAUUUAUAUGGAGACGACUACAGGACAGCACAGCUCACCAUCCCACUGGAGGAUGAAGGAAAAGCUGGUUUAGAUUCUGCUCUUGGUGCUGAUGAAGACAGUUCCUCCCCUACAUUUCCCCAUCAAUCAGCAGGUGGACCCAAGAAAAAGCGACACAGAGUUCAAAAGGAAAAAGACAGAGAUGCUCAGCCAGAAUCUGAACACCCCAUGCUGACUGAAGGUCAGUUCACAGGCUUUCCCAGUCCUAAUUCUCUCUCUCACUGAUCCCAGAGCAGUGAUGGGCUACUACAGCAUAACAUUA